UCAAUCGGGGUGUUAUAUAAGAGCUAUUAAUAAGGAUUUUAAGGACAAAUAUAGUUAUAUUUUAUUCAUUUCUUAUUAAGAUCAAGAUUAUUAAUAUAAGAACUUGAGAAGUGAUAGUGUAAGAGAAUGUCGGUAACAUUUUUCAAUAGACUAGGUCAAUUAGGCCUUGGAGUUGCCAUUGCUGGAAGUGUUAUAAAUUCAGCCCUAUAUAAUGUUGAAGGUGGUUACAGAGCUGUUAUUUUUGACAGAUUUGUUGGUAUAAAAAAUAAUGUAGUAGGUGAGGGAACACAUUUUAUUAUUCCUUGGAUUCAGCGGCCAAUUUUAUACGACAUUCGAUCAAAACCUAGAAAUGUACCAGUUGUCACUGGAAGCAAGGAUUUGCAAAAUGUAAAUAUUACAUUACGUAUUCUAUUUCGUCCAGUGCCUGAAUCAUUGCCAAAGAUCUAUACGAUUCUUGGCAUAGAUUAUGACGAAAGGGUAUUACCAUCUAUUACUACCGAAGUACUAAAGGCAGUGGUGGCACAAUUUGAUGCCGGAGAACUUAUAACUCAAAGGGAGCUUGUAUCACAAAAAGUUAGUGAAGAAUUAACCGAAAGGGCCAGUCAGUUUGGCGUUAUUUUGGAUGAUAUAUCUAUUACACAUUUAACAUUUGGUAGAGAGUUUACUCAGGCUGUUGAAUUGAAGCAAGUUGCGCAACAAGAAGCAGAAAAAGCUCGUUUUCUUGUAGAAAAAGCUGAACAACAGAAAAAAGCAGCCAUUAUUACUGCUGAGGGUGAUGCAGAAGCCGCCAGUAUGUUAGCAAAAUCACUCGGAGAAGCUGGCGAUGGUCUUGUUGAACUUAGAAGAAUCGAAGCAGCUGAAGACAUUGCAUUUCAACUUGGAAGAUCUCGUCAAGUUAUAUAUUUACCACCUGGCCAGGGGACUUUGUUACAAUUGCCUAAUUAGAAAUACUACUUAAAUUGAAAAUACAAGCCAAUUGCAUUUUAUAAUUUUAAUACUAUAUUUGUAACUUGAUAUUUGACUAUCCGCUGAAGAAAGGAGAAGUUAACCAAAUUCUUCCCUCAGGGCUCUUUAUACUUCUAUAGCAUAAAAGCGUAUUGUAUUUGUAGAUUUAACCAGUACAUUUGGUGGAUAUGAAAAUGUUAUAUUUAUAUUUCAUGAGAAAGAAGAUUCAAUAAUAAUACAUACUGAUUCACUA